AUGCGACUGUCUUGUGCAGCGAAUGAGCUGAUCGUGAUCGACGAAGCCUUCUCCGGUUGGAGGCCGGAAAACGGUCCUCGCAGUGAAUGUACACUCAAGUAUUGUGACACGUGUCAACAUGUCUUUAGGAGGCAACAGUCCAGGAUAAGGGCACAAUGUCAGGGGUUGCAGCAGUGUAACCAGAAAGUAGACGAUCGUUUCCAUCCCUACUUCAGACUACACAGGCCAUGCCCGGGCAUAAAGAAGUACCUGGAAGUAACGUACCACUGUGCAGAAGUGAAAAAGAAUAUCACCUUUGGUGGGAAAGGACAAGGCCCCGGCCAGUUUGACCAUGUGAGUGGGCUUGCCGUGUCCUCGACUAACGAGAUAUUUGUGGCUGACGAGCCCAACUACACAAUCCAGGUCUUCAGCAUGAAGGGGGUUUUCCUUCGCAGUUUCUCCACAGGAAACAUGAAACCACGUGCCGUGUGCAUGGGCCACAACGACACCCUGUGGGUCCUUUUGUACAGUCUCAUCAGCAUACCUUCCACUUACAUGUACGAAAAUGUCAUCCAACAGUACAGCAAAGAGGGCCAUGAACUGGCCAAGUUCCCAUGCAGCGAAACUACAGCAAUCUAUGGGAUUGCCUGGCACAAGCUUUCUGACAGAAUCAUACUGACAGGAAAAGGGCCCAAAAUUGUGUGGUUUAGUCCUACUUAUACACGGACACCAACAUGUACCGGUAACAUGACCAGGCUGCCAGUUCCAGGGUAUAUACCAGCAUAUCUACGAUCUGUUACAGUAAUGAUCCCUUUUGUAGACAUGAAUGGGAUCAUCUAUGUCAUAGACGUGUCAAACUCUUGUAUUCUUAAGUAUGACAAGAACGGAGUCUUGCUGUCCAGUUUUGGCAGCAAAGGUAGUGGAGCAGGGAAUCUUUCUCAGCCCUCGGGAAUCUGUGUGGACAGUUUGGGGCGUGUGAUUGUGGCUGAUACUUGGAACAGCCGAGUGGAGAUGUUCACAGCCGAGGGAGAGCACAUCCGCACCAUAGCUUACAUUAAACUACCCAUGCAAGUUGCUACAGGUGGGGAGGGGCAGCUUGUGGUGUCAGAUCGGUAUGGCUUUGUAACCAUCUUUCCAAAAUAUUAG